AUGCCUCCCACCGCGCAAUACGAACUUCUCCCACGCUCUUCCCUAGACGAUAAUGCCUCGACCGAAGAAUUCAAAGAUAAGCCUCUCCCUCGUCGACAGAAUGUCUUUUUUCGAAUAGCUCGCAAGACGCGAAGGAUCUGUAGGGUUUGCAGACCUAUAUACGUUCUUAUAGGUUUCAUAAUAUUUUGUCUCUGGCAAAUUCUAUUCAAUGGGUCUUAUGUGGAUCCUCUCCCUUUUAUGAUCCCGCAGGAGGAAACGGUCUUCAUUGCGGCGAAUAUUAUUGAUGGGGACUUGAUUGGUGGGGCGUGGGGGAGGGCGUUGCUGGAGCUUGUGGAACUUAUUGGGAAGGAGAAGGUUUAUGUUUCGAUUUAUGGGGGGCCGAAGGAUCGAUUGGAAUUACUUGGGGGCAUGCUGGAGUGUGAGCAUAGUUUUGUUAGUGAGGAGCAGACGCCGUUGGAUAUGAGCGCCAUUCCUAGGACGACGUUACCGACGGGGGAGAAGAGGAUUAAGAGGAUUGCUUAUUUGGCGGAGGUGAGGAAUAAAGCGCUGGAACCGUUGGAUAGGUUGAAGAAGAGGUUUGACAAGGUGCUUUUUAUUAAUGAUGUGCAUUUUGAGGCGGAGGGUGCGGCUAGGUUGCUGUGGGGGACGAAUGUUGACGAGGAGGGAAAGGCGAGAUAUAAAGCUGCUUGUGGGACGGAUUUUGUGGCUUGGUGGAAAUUUUAUGACACUUUUGCUACGAGAGAUACGGAGGGCUACAGCAUUGGAGUUCCUAUCUUCCCUUGGUUCUCAACGGAGGGAGAGGCAAUUACCAGGAAAGAUAUUCUGGCUGGGAAAGAUGCUGUGAGGGUCAAGAGCUGUUGGGGUGGAAUGACGGCUUUUGAUGCACGAUACUUUCAGGUUGAUGUAAAAGGAGCCUCGAAAGCGACCAGAGAGCCGCCUACCCUCCCUCUUAGAUUCCGGUCCGAACCUGAACCAUUUUGGGAUUCGAGCGAGUGCUGCUUAAUACAUGCAGAUAUUAUGGCCUUACCUCCCUUCCCUAUGUCUCCUGUGACAGAAGACAAAUGGGACCAGGGCAUCUAUAUGAAUCCAAACGUUCGAGUGUCCUACGACGCAAGAACGCAAGCCCGUCUAGGCUUUGCACGACGAGUUGAAAGGUUAUUUGCUCUUCCACAGGCAAUUAUCAAUCACUUCGCUCAUAUGCCGCGCUUCAACGCCAGACGUACUGAGAUUGAGGGAGAAGUGGUUAAAGACAGGGGUUGGAAGUCGAACCCUGAAUCUGUGGUUUCUGCAAGAGCCACUAUUGGCGAGGGAAUGGAUCUUGGUGUUGAUUAUUGGGCGAAGAAAGGACAUUAUGUUGAUGAGGAUAGGACGGCCAACAGAGGCGGUUACUGUGGAGUUAGGCAGUUGCUAGUCAUCAAAGAGGGGAACUUGGAGCCAGGAGAGGGGAAUUGGGAUAACUUGCUGAAUGAGGUGCCACCUCUUGGGCUGUAA